AAAUGGUUUCCAUGGUAACUUAUGGUUCCAAACAAUUUGUACGGCAUUCGAAAUUAGAAAUUUCUCACCAGAACCAUUCUCAGCAUAAUCUUAAAUCAAUCAAAAUUAACUUUAAUAAAAAUGAAUCUGGAUCGUUUCACCAUGAUCUCCAACAAAGUUGUGGAGUUCAAAUCUACGUUUCGUACAGGCGAAGUGCUUCGGCUAGUGGAAACUUCUAUCGGUACCGAUCCACCGGCACCGAAACUUGAUGCAGGAACAGCCCCGAUCGAACGAAAGGAUGUUGCAGUUCAAACCGGAGGAUCUCCUCGUCAUACUUUAGUCACGUGCGAUGAUAUAAAGUUAUCCAAUUGGUUGCAGAAAAUUUAUCCAUUGGUUGAUGAGGAACUAUCUGCAGGCGUCACUGAAAGCUACGACGUCAAUGACAACUUUAGCGAUACGACUGAACGGUUGAUCAUCCGUAAACAUCAAGAGUUGAUGUUAAAACGGUCUAAUCCUAGUACGGAUGGCUGCCAGAAGCUCAGUAUGGGUGCUGCUGCAUGGCUUUCGAUCGCAACCAGGGAUGCACCCUUGUUGGUUCUAUCAUGUAGCUCAUAUCACGAAGCGUGGUGUGAGCAUACGUACUCGUCCAUUACGGCCUUUACUCCACGGCGUGACACGUACGGAUCGGUGCAGUGGGUUGAACUCUGUAGCAAUCCAGUGAAAGCCUGCAUUGAAUCACUGGAGACCAAUCCGUUCAACAAAGACAUGUUCGCCGGUGGCACCGUGUCUGGCGAUGUGUACAUCUGGCAUUACGAAUUGGACCUAAAGCAUGAACAGAAUUCCUUAUCGGAGCUGUUUUCCGAAACAACGGACUACGGUAAGGUUGUAGACAUGGCUUGGAUGAAACCCAACCCUCUGACCAAAGAUUUUGGCUUGCUGUCGUGCCACAGCGAUGGGAUUGUAAUUUUGUGGAAAGUCGGUAAACAUGUUGGAAAAGAUAAAACAUUUCGUAUAUCAACGCCAUCUGCAUCACAGAAAGCCAUAAUUUUAACGCAAAUUUUGACCAUUUCCAACUCGGAGUUUGUAGUCAGCACCGUCGAUGGUAGUCUUCUACUUUGUUCGAUUACUCAACUCAUACCGAUAGGAAAAGGUUCAAAUGGUAGCGCACCAUCAUCAACAACCCCAAUAUCUUCCAACACGAAGAAUUGCUUUGCGCCAGCGAUUACUGAACUGCAACCGCAUUCGUUUGCCGUAACGACGUUACUGAAGAUGGAAAAUUCAAGGCAACAGAUUCUGGUUAGCUGCGACUUGACCGGAGAAGUUUACUUCCAUGACAUCUCGGAUGCUAUUAACUCGACACCUACGUUAAUCAUAAAGAUGCCCCUUCCAUUUAAAAAUAAAAUCGUGUGUUCAGACGAUAUGCGAUUUAUUAUGAGUCCGAACAACAAUGGAGUGCUGGAUGUUUAUAAAAUUGACAGUGGCUCACAGGAGAGCAUUGAGUCGGGUGGUCUUCAAGGAAAACCUAACAUAAUCCGAUUUAGUUGCAAUGGGUACGUAGAUCCAGCUCUCGAUCGAAGACAAAUGUAUCUUUGUUUGAAUAAUGUAUACGCGAAAUUUAAAAAUCUACUCAUUUACGUAUAGGAAAUGGAUCAUCACCGGUCCUUACGAUGGAGGAUUCAUCAUUUACUCAGUCGCCAUGGACAUAUAAGAAGAAUCGGUGGUAUUCUGUCAUUAUAUUUACUGUGUAGUAAAUACUUUAUAAACGAGAUAGUAAAAUGUGUAAUAAAUCACUUCAUGCGAA